AUGUUCGCUGACGAUGACGAUCGCAAUAAUAUUUGGUCAAGGAGAAAUCGUUGGUUCACAUCACCAUGGAGAUUUCUUUUGCUGUUAUGUUGUAUGUGCAAGGUUUUAUUUUCUAUUGCUGCGGUUAUUAUUAUUUCGUUGAUACCUUUAUAUCUGAGUCGAAAAGGCGAUGGCAUUAAGGCUGCCACUGACACUGGAGAUAAACGAUUGAUAUACACAGUAUAUGCUGUGAAUUCUGACAUCACUGAAUCACAAGCAAUAACUAAUUUAGGUUCAAUUGGCGCCCAGACCAAUCAGUUUAUUGGUUAUUCGCCCAAUAUACUUACUACUGCAUCAGCCAAUUACUAUGUUGGCCCUGUCACAAACAUCGGAAAUAGGCGAAGAAAACGAGAAGUACAGUCUUGUUUUAAAACGUCAUGUGAGACAAGCCAUAAAUUGGUCAUCGGAACUUAUAUCAAUGCAUGCCCUCAUUCGAACUGUCGCACAUCUCGUUGUCUUGACGCAUGUGUUCCGAAAAUCAAAACAGAAAUUCAAUCAAAAAUGCCUUCCACUCCAUUCUUGUUCAGCAUCACAAAAGCCGACGGAACUUCUUCCACGAUUUUGGCUCAAUUUUGUUCACUGGAUCAUCUUGUUCCAGUGACAACUACAACCGUUACAACGGCGGUGGCAAUCACAACCGUUACAACGGCGAUGGCAAUCACAACCGUUCCAACGGCGGCGGCAAUCACAACCGUUACAACGGCGACGGCAAUCACAACAACACAAAAACCAACAUGCUGUGAUGGGAUCACAAAUGGUAAUGAAACAGAUGUUGAUUGUGGUGGAAAUAAUUGUUCGAAAUGUAUUGAUGGAAAAGUUUGUACAAAUGAUGCUGAUUGUCUUGGACAUACAUGUGCCGCAGGAAAAUGUUGGGCAACAUGUACGGAUGGAAUACAAAAUCAAGAUGAAACAAGUAUUGAUUGUGGUGGAUCAUGUCCAAAUUGUAAAGAAGGAGCAACAUGUAAAAUCAAUGAAGAUUGUGCUGAUGGUUGUAGUACUGUUAUUUGUAUUAAUAGUAUUUGUACCAGACUCUCCAUGUUUUCAGCAAAUUUUGUUAACGGUGAUUUUGAAAGAGGAGAUGCUAACGGUUGGACUAUUGGUGGUGGAGAUCGUAGACACAUAGGAACAGAUACAAUCGAUCCAGCUAUGUAUUUGCCAGAUGGUGUGAAGUAUAAUUCAAUAAUUGCUUCACGACAUUCAGCAAUAGUUAAAAGUGGUUUAGAUCCAAAUUUAGGUGAUAAAAUGCCAAAUAUUGUUUACCAAGGAAAUUAUUCAUUUCGUGUUGAAGAUGUAAACAUUGGUAGUUAUAUAUCGGUUAUUCAGCAGAAAAUUGCUUCUUAUAUCUGCACAGAUAUCUAUUUUGCAUGGUUAGCUGUUUUGGAAAACGGUGGUCAUACAGCUAAUGAAUCUGCUCUUGUUACUAUAACACUGACUGAUAAAACAACUAAUGAAACAUUAAUCAAUCGUCGUUAUAAUGCUGGUGCUGGUGGUAGUAGUGUUGAUACACGUUUUCAGACAUUUGGUAACACUUCUUACACACCACAAUGGCAAAUUGAGCAUAUACCAAUUGAUUAUACUCGUACAGGUCACGAUUUUCAAUUGCUUGUUGCUGCCAUGGAUUGUGCAUUGGGAGGUCAUAGGGGAUAUAUUUAUCUUGAUGCUUUUGGUGGAAAUUUACCUGUUCCGAAUCAAUAA